UUCUUGAAUGCCUACUUGAUCCUGGGCCACCUAAACUACCUAAACGGGGAGGUACCUCGAGCGAGAAACCACUCGUAUCCCACACCUGGACCAUGUCGUCCCACUCUCGCUCCGCGGACGUGACCACCGGCUACGUUAGCGAUGAUAUCUACCUACCUAUAUAUCGGGUGGUUGGGUUCUCUGAGCUCGCGGCUCUUCCCGAGUCUCACUUUCUUUUCUUCUUCUUCCGGCUGCUCCGUGCAUAUCUUCUGCAACCUGAUAAAAACUGCUACCCUUUUGGGAAUUCUUUUUCUCGUUGCCCUCCAUCAUAGCAGUUGGUGCGCGCGUAUUACCAUACUCCGUUUGACAGGCCAUAUACCGUGUCUUUGGACCCUCGUUGCCCCGAAGCUGCUGUCUUAUCCCCCACCCGCAUUCCUGAUCCGCAGCAACCAUGGUGCUCUGGGCGGCGAGAUGGGCCACAGCGGCUGCGGCCUUGCUUGCCUACCGAACAGCGGCCCAGACGUACACAUCCUGCAAUCCUCUCAGUUCAACUUGCCCGGCGGACACCGCCCUUGGUAUGGCCAUCGACGUCGACUUCACGCGAGGCGAGGUAAACUCGUUUGUGAAGUCGGGUGGUGAGCCGACCUACGGACCGGAUGGUGUAACCUUCACCGUCAGCCAGAGUGGCAACUCCCCGCAGCUAACCUCGGUCUUCUACAUCAUGUUUGGUCGUGUCGAGGUCAACCUGAGGGCGGCGCCCGGUGCCGGCAUCGUAUCCUCGGUCGUGUUGCAAUCCGACUGCCUCGACGAGAUAGACUGGGAAUGGCUGGGCGCCGACUCGAGCGAGGUCCAAUCGAAUUAUUUUGGCAAAGGCAUAACCGCCUCCUACAACCGUGGCCAGUUUCACAAGAUGGGCGAUAACCAGAAUAAUUUCGUUACCUAUGUGGUAGAUUGGACGAGCGACCGAAUCGUAUGGACUAUCGAUGGGACGGUGGUGCGAACGCUGCAGGCUUCCGAGGCGGAGCCGAACCAAUACCCCCAGACUCCCAUGCAGGUCAAGUUCGGCGCUUGGUCGGGCGGUGACCCCAGCAACCCGGACGGUACCAUACAGUGGGCACGUGGUCCCACCGACUACUCUCUGGGACCGUUUAGCAUGAGCGUGAAGACGCUCAAGGUGACGGACUACAGCACCGGCGACUCUUACAGCUAUGGCGACACCUCGGGUACGUGGCAGUCCAUACGGUCGGAGGGUGGCCAGGUAAACGGCAACCUAGGCAACGCCGGCACUCUUACCACGACUGCGGUUGCCGGCGGUUCGACCGCGACCGGGACGGCUAACGUCCCCGCCGGUGGCAUCGGUGGCUCGAACAACCAGACCGCUAGCGCCCCACCCCUACCCGACGGCUGGGUUAUGACCUCAGAGGGGAAGAUUGUGCCUUCGAGCUCAACCGUCAUGCGCCCCGCUUAUCCCGCCGUCUUCCUCUUCUCUCUCUUCGCCAUUCUCGCAGGUAGUCGGAUAUUCCGGCGAUGAGACGACGACCUCGGUAGCUACUGACACCCGGUCCGCGGGAGGAACGUACCUACCCACCUGGUACGGCGGGAGUCGAACGUAUCGGUGUGGUGA